UAGCUCGUUAGCCCCACCCCGCAGGAUCACGCACGCCCGCACGCACGCCUCCCACAGCCGUCGUGUCAGUAAUCCUCUCUCGGUCAUCAUGGCGGAGAUCAAAACGGGAAUCUUUGCUAAAAACGUGCAGAAGCGGCUGAACCGCGCGCAGGAGAAGGUUUUGCAGAAACUGGGAAAAGCAGAUGAAACCAAAGAUGAGCAGUUUGAACAAGUGGUUUCCAACUUCAAGAGACAGGAGUCUGAAGGCUCACGGCUGCAGCGGGAAAUGAAGGCCUACAUGUCUGCGAUCAAAGGGAUGCAGCAGGCCUCUAUCAACCUGACCCAGUCUCUGCAUGAAGUCUACGAGCCGGACUGGCAUGGAAAAGACGAGGUCCUGACGAUUGGAAAGGACUGUGAUGCCUUGUGGGAAGACUUCCACAACAAACUGGUGGACUCUACCCUCUUGAACCUGGAUGAGUACCUGCUGCAGUUCCCAGACCUCAAGACCCGCGUGGCCAAAAGGAGCCGGAAACUGAUCGACUACGACAGCGCACGCCACCAUUUGGAAACUCUGCAAACAUCGGGGUUAAAGAAUGACCGCAAAAUCACAAAGGCGGAAGAAGAGUUGAGAAAGGCUCAGAGAGUGUUUGAUGAGCUGAACGUUGGUCUGCAGGAUGAACUGCCAACUUUGUGGGACCGCCGGGUUGGCUUCUACAUUAGCACCUUUAAGAGUGUGACGAGUCUGGAGGCAAAGUUUCAUCGUGAAAUCUCAUUGGUCUGCAGAGAGUUGUAUGAGGUGAUGACCCAGCUGCGUGAGCAGCACUCUGACAAAAUCUUCACCAUUCAAGGAGCCCCAAGUGAUUCAGGACCUUUGCGUCUGGCGAGGACCCCAUCACCGCCAGAGGAUGAGAGCCCCCCGGAGAGCCCUGACAUGAGCUACAACAACAGGCUCCGCCCUGUCUCACCUGGUCCACCACGACCCAAAUCUCCUGUACAGCUGAAAAAGGGGCCACCAGUGCCUCCUCCACCAAAGGUCACACCUACAAAGGAGCUAGCUGAGGAGCAGAUCAUUGACCUGUUUGGUGGGGACUUCCUACCAGCACCUUCACCCUCACAGCCCAACGAGCGACCAGGGGAGUCCCUGCUUGAUUUAGACUUUGAUGCUUUUCAACCGGAUGAAAGUGUUUCACCAAUACCUCAGACAGCCGUGCCGUGGGACAUGUGGUCGGGAAACUCCCAGCCCGCACAGCCUGUUGCUGAUACCGGUUUUGUGGCUGAAUGGACUGCUGAUUUUGGUUCAAUGUCAGCAAACGGAGAAGCUGCUUCCUCGGCUGACGCUUUCACCACGGGGCUGCAAGAGGGCCAGGGCGGAGCUCAGGAAGGGACUCUGGUUGGAGAUGGAGACACAAAGACAUCUCCUCAGGACAAAGAGCUGGUGGACGAGGUUGCCAGUUCUUUUAAUGGAUUUACACAGGACGCAGGUGACCCGUCAUUCUUCGCAGAUUUUGAUAACAUAAAUGAUGUUAACAGCAAUUCAUCCAAAGACCCUGAAGCAUCUGGAACAGAAACCGUUGGCUCAGCAGAGGCUACUGAUGAACAGGAUAAAUGUGAAACUCCCCCAGCUGGGGCAGAGGAGCCCAAAAGUCCACCUCUUCCCUAUGAUGAGAAACCUCCAAGUCCUCAGGGGGAGGAAGAGGUGGUGGAACCUCAACCAAGUCCUACUGAUGAAGUGGAAGAACCAAAAGCUUCCCUCUCAGAUCAAGAUGAACAAGGAAAACAUUCAGAGGAGGAAAAACCGACUGCUUCAUUUGGAGCUGCAGACUCUGAGCAGGUGGAGCCCUUCACAGUUCCUCCAGCUGAAGAGACCAAAACUACUUCAGAUGAAGCUGCUACAUCGGAACAGAUGCCGAUCCCCUCUGUGGUAAUUGAACCGGCCUCCAGCAAUGAAGGCGAUGAUGAUCGUGAUGCCGACAUCAUCUCUCCCACCACCAUCAGUGACAAUGGCGUGGCAAUUCCAACUCAACCUAUCAAACACAUGAGCCCCUCAGGCUCAGCGUCAGGACUUCCUGAUGACUUUUUGUACAAGGUGGAGACUAUGCAUGACUUUGAGGCUGCAAACUCUGAUGAGCUGGAUCUAAAGAGAGGGGAUAUUGUUUUGGUGAUUCCCACAGCUUCAGUGGAAGAUCAGGAUGCAGGAUGGCUCACGGGGUUCAAAGAAAACGACUGGCUAACACUUGGUGUUGGUGCUCAAAAAGGACUUUUCCCAGAAAACUUUACCCAGCGUUUGGAGUGAACUACCUUUUCUCCUUCAAAACAAUAUUUGAAAAACUUUAAAGUCAUUGCACAGGCAAUGUCUUCAGAAUGCAGUCAGUUGACCUGCAGGAGAUUAACCUGAUGCAGCGGCAUGGCUUAGGGGAACCAGUCUAGUUUAAAAAAAUAAAAAAAUAUGUGUAACUGUCAAGUACGUAGUGUUUUUUUUUUGUUUUCUUUGCUUCUUGAGAAGCCAUCUAAAAGCAUGAAAUUUAAGGUUGAUGUAUGGAAACGAAGUUUGUAUAACAAUAAAAGAAACUUUGCUCUAUUGGAAGAACUACAGUAUCUUAAAAACUCCAGCAAUCGAAGUCAAUUGAUUGCUCGGACAGAAGCUGUACUCUGCACCUGGUGUGUUGUAUGAUUUUGUGGUUCUGCUGUGUGGUCUGGACAAGCUGUAGUCUUUGUGAUUCAAAUGUUUUCUAGUGUAACAUCAGUAUUAAUUCCCACAAAGGAUUCCUGUCACUCUUUGAUUACUCCUAAUGAAUUCCUAUAUAAUAGUUGACUGUGCUGUUCUAGAUAUUCACGUGGAAUCACCUCCGUGAUGAGUUCUUUAGUUUCCCCCAAAAUGAAAACAUUGUAGACCAUGUAUGGAUCUUAGAAUUGGUCAACCAAAUACUUACAACCAUUGUGACAUUUGACCCUUGUCUUAUCCAACAAUAUAAAAAGAUUCCUAAAUGUUUUCACAAAGGGAAGAUCUGGACGUGUGUACUUGUAUCAAGUAACAAAUCCGAUAUGCAAUAAUUUUUUUCUGUUAUAUUCUGCUCUCAAACAUUGUAUUGUGGAACACCUGACCUUGUUUGACUGAAGAACAGUCUUGAUUCUUAAAUGUGGUUUGAAUGCUAUAAUUACAUGUCAAGACCAAUAAACAGUAGUGGAUAAAACUCA